CAUAUCGGCUAAAUUGCUAAAUUAUUUAUUUCAAAUCAAAUAACCUUCCUUUACCAAGAAUGAUGGAUGGGAUAAAAGAAUAUAUGAAGCCCAAGAGAUUUAGUAUCUUAUCCUACAUAUGUGUGGUCAUCCAUUUUCACUGUGGAGUGAUAUUUACAGCAAUUACAACGGCUCUGAGACUCAGCGAGAUGGAAAAGUUCAGUUGUGCCGUUGACACAAAACAUGCAACGCACAAAAGUUAUGUCGAAAAAACGUGUUUUUCAAUCUACGACGACGAGUACAACUCUCCCGUGAAAUUCUCUGCCUUCGUUCUGUUCAAUUUUGGUUCUGUUGUUGUUGUGAGUGUCGUUUAUUCGCUUGCUGUUGGCAAUCGUAUCGAAGAUGCAGAAAGACUCUCAGGCGGAAGUGAUAAACCUCAAACAGUCGCCAAGAAAGGAAACAAUGAACAAGGUAGAAAAAACUUUUAUGUUUUCAAUUUCUAUUUGUUCCACGUUGUGGCUCGUUCAAUGCUCUGUAUAUUAUUCACAAUCCUACAACAUACCGUAUUGUAUCCGAGUGGUUUUGAUACACAGUUCAGUUGUGUUUAUCCCGAAUUGAGAUCAGUUGAUCCCAACAUGACUCCAGCAAAUAAUGGAAGUGCCAACUUAUCCAGUGUAAAAUGUACAAACUCGGCUGCCAAAGAUAAACAGUUUUGGUUGACGAUUGUGUCUGUUUGUAAUGGUUUUAACGCCAUCAUUGCAUUGGCAGAAGUUAUUUAUCUACUAGUUAAGCGAUUUGCAUGUUUCGCCCCCCAAUCUUCUGUUGCUUGGUCAUGUGAUUUACAAUUUAUUAUUGAGCAUUUUCUUCGAGAGCAACACGUACCUGAUGAGGUUGAGUUGAUCAGCAUAAGCAAUUGUACCCCGAACAGUCGUGACAUUUACAAGCGAAAGGUUUUGCAGCUAGGUCUCACACCAGACAUAAAUUAUGGUUCAAAGCAUACACCUUUGGAUGACAUGUUUAUAGACCUUGUUAUCCAUACUGAACAAGCCCCACACAAGUUUUCAAAAGGAAUGGAUAGGCAUGAGAUUUAUGAUGUUUAUACGAAAGUUCCUAAAAAUUCAUUACAUCUGACAGAGAUUAAGGAAUUAUUUUAUCCAAACAAGGAUACUAAAGACACAAUCCCUUCUACCAUUUUGGUAAUCGGGCGUCCUGGAAUUGGGAAAACUGUUCUGACCAGAAAAAUCAUGCAAGAUUGGGCAAAAGGAGAUGAUGAAAUUUAUCACAAUAAAAUUGCUUUUUACUUCAAAUUCAGAUGGUUUAAUCUUGCCCAAAUGCAACAUGUAACACUUAAGAAAUUUCUUCAGUUUGGAACAGAACUGCAGAAUGAGGAUGAAUUUGAAAGUAUUUUUGAAGAAAUUUGGGAAAACCCAAAAAAUGCUACUUUGGUUUUUGACGGUUUAGAUGAAUUUGGUGCAAACCAUGAAGGUUUUCAGAAAGUUCUAGAUCAGUCAAGAAUGUUUCCCAAUGAUGUUUCUUGUUGCAUGUCUGCAAUCAUAUUGUUUAUCAAAAUCUUGUCUGGCGACAUGUUACCAGGGGCAACAGUCUUGGUGACCAGCAGGCCAACUGUGAAUGAUGUUUUAUGCAAAAUAAAAUUUGACAGAACUGUUGAAAUAGUUGGGUUCACAUCAGAUAAAAUUGAACAGUAUGUUAAACAGUUUUGUGCUAAUCAUAACAAGUGCGAUCUAGAAGCAACGAUAUUGAGUCAUAUCAAAUCAUCAUCUGAACUGAUGAAUUUAUGCUACAUUCCAGUGAAUUGUUUUAUUGUGUGUGUUUCUCUGUUCGAAUAUCUCAUUGAUUCAGAGGGUGAUAUUGGUGCUCUACCAACUACUUUGACUGAACUGUACCAGUUGGCCUUAGUCUACUUCAAUAAGCAUCAUGACCGGAAUCAAAGCAAAGACGUUUUAAAGAAACUUCAACGGUUGGCUUUCAAUGGUAUCAAAAAUGAUGAACUGAUUUUCAAUGGAGAGCUAGUCGAUGAGAAAAUGGAAGAGUCAGGAUUACUAAACUCUUUACCUAAUCCAAUUUUUCAAAUUCAAAUACAGGUUUGCUUCCUCCAUUUAACUAUACAAGAAUUUCUCGCAGCGAAGCAUAUAGUGGAAACAAAAACACCUGAAGAAGUAAAAGAAUUUAUAAUUUCGCAUUUCAAUCAUGGCAGAUGGCAUCUGGUGCUUCAAUUUCUAGCUGGGUUAUUGGGAGUGAAAAUGAGAACGUCUGAUGACUCUCAUCAAUACAGAAGCUGUGUGUUAUCGUUCAAGAAAUAUCUUGCAAUUCUUGGCACUAAGUGCGAUAUUCGACCAAAUCAUAUUUUGGUGAUGAAAUGUUUGAGAGAAGCGCAGGAUGAAGAUGUUGCUAAAGAAAUUGCUGCAAACUCUGCUUUGAAAGAUGUGACUGAGAUAUGGUGUUCUGGUUUUGGUAUACAACGUCUCUCCCGAAGCGAUGUGGCAGCAAUGCCGUUCGUUUGCAAACACUUGAACUUUUUAAAUUGCUUACACAUUCGAGGCGUAUCCAGUGAUUGUUUGAUGGAAGCUUUGAAAUUGCUGCAUGGAAGAUGCAUGGAAUCACUGAGGUUUAUUCGUUGUAAUCUUCACGACAUGGGUGUUAAGCGUUGUGCUACUGCGUUGACAUCUGAAUGUCAGCUGAAUCACAGUCAUUCGAAGCUUGCAAAGUUAUCUUUGGCUCGAAACAAUAUUAGUGAUGCCGGAGUGGCGUAUCUGAACGAUUUUCUCCAAAAUAGCCAUAAAGUCUGUUUGGAGGAUUUAGACCUGUCGGAUAAUGACAUUACUUCAUGCGGAAUUCCUGCACUUCUAGAAUUUCUCAGCGUCGAAGUUUGUAACCAGCUUACAGAACUUAAUCUUGGUGGAAAUGAUAUAGGUGAUGAGGGCGUUCGUUUUCUUUGUAGCGGAAUCCGAGAAAGGCGGCUGAAACUUGAGAAGUUAAAUCUAUGCGGAUGUUUAACCUAUGAAAACGUACUCUGGCUGGUAGAGCUUAUCAGUGACGAACACUGUCGAAUAACUGACUUAGAAAUCAGUGGUAGUAAAAUAGGUGAUAAAGGAAUGGAGAUGUUGUUUGACGUUUUCCGACAAGAAACAUGUAAGAUUACUACGUUGAAUAUUCGCUCGUGUCAUUUAACAGAAAAAAGCAUGGUUGCCUUCGGAAAAGCUCUUAAUGAAGGAAAAUGUGGACUAAAGAAAUUGAAUCUUAGCGAUAACAAGAUAAGAGAUGAAGGUAUGCGGAUCUUGUGCAGUGUUCUUGAACAAGGAAAGUGUAAUCUCACCAGAUUGGACGUUUCCUGUUGUUCAUUAACGGACGAAUGCAUGCCGAGCUUGUGCCAGGCUCUCGGAGAUGAACGAUGUAAGCUCACUAAGUUGUAUGUAAACAGCAAUGGAAUCACAGAUAAACAUUUAUCAUUACUCUCGGACACUCUGAAAUUUCAGAAUUGCAGUCUUAAUUAUUUAAACAUUAAAAGUAGUACUACUGAAGCCGGUGAAAAGAUCCUUAAUGAAACCAUGCGAUCUGAUAUCUGCAAAGAACGAGGUUUAAAAAUUUACUGUAUGUCAAAUAUUACUGUAUGCUAAUUUUCCCUACAUUUAAAAACAAUUG